CAUUUCUCUUCUCCUCCACGUGCCUCGCUGCCACGUCGAGGAAAUCAUGGCCAUUCGAUAUCUCAUUCUGCUGUCACGGCAGGGCAAAGUCCGCCUUGCGAAAUGGUUCACCACAUUGUCACCCAAGGAUAAGGCCAAGAUCAUCAAGGAUGUGUCCCAGCUGGUCUUAGCACGCCGCGCUCGCAUGUGCAACUUCCUCGAAUACAAAGACACCAAAGUUGUCUACCGCCGAUAUGCUUCGCUCUUCUUCAUCGCCGCCACCGACCCGACAGACAACGAGCUCAUCACCCUCGAAAUUGUCCACCGAUACGUAGAGCAGAUGGACAAGUACUACGGAAACGUGUGCGAGCUCGACAUCAUCUUCAACUUCCAGAAGGCAUACUUCAUCUUGGAUGAGCUACUUCUUGCCGGUGAGAUGCAAGAAAGCAGCAAGAAGAAUGUGCUGCGGGUGAUAGGUGCUCAGGACAGUCUCGAGGAUAUGGAGGUCGAGGACGAUGCUGUCACGAAGAUCGGUUGAAGAAGUCCACGCCGCACAUUUGUAUCGCCCACUUGCAUGCCCAUAGACUCCUCAAGAUCCGGCUAACAUACGCGCUCGCGUACAGACGAAUGAACAGCAAAGUGCAGAAAUCGAGAAGUCGCUUAGAGCUGCUGGGCUCAUUUAGCUGCCUAGUACUCUUUCAGAGCAUUUUGCUUGGGAGUGGGAACAGUACGCUCUCAGUGCGUGGCGUUUGGUCGGCGUUUUACUGGAGACUGGAGAUACCCAGAUUAUAUGACGCGAUGGCCGACUUCAAUCCAGCCUGCCUGUUGUAGGUAUAGAGCCAAUCAAUCUGCACAUAGUGCAGAGCAAGCGGCACACCGCAUGCAUGACAAUAUAAUGAUCACUUUCGCGGCAAUGCGCCUUGAGCAUCUACGCCCGGCUCGCAAUCAUACUCGUACGAUCUCGCCUACUUACAUUAACAGCAUCGCAGAGCAUGUCGAAUAUCAAGCUGGCAGCAAUACUGGUCCCGGGA